UUUUAGUCAAGAGUUAAUAAGAUGAUCAGUCUCUUUGCUCCAUCGAUCAAAAUGCUCUUGCUUCUUGUGUUUUUCGCAAAUUUUAUUGCUAUUGGAAGUCUACAAACUGCUAAGUGCUAUACACCUGAUCAGUAUCCUGGGGUAUGUGUUGAGCUGAAACAAUGUGAGCCUUUAUAUAAAAUUCGAUACAAAGUGCCACAAACUAAAGAAGAUCGUAUUUUUCUCUCAUUGUCUCUUUGCGGAUUUAGACACAAGCAGCCUAUUGUGUGCUGUUCAAGCUUAAAAUAUGUGAAUCCCAAAAAUAAUCUUAUACAAGGCAAAGAAUUUAUUGUACCGCAAAAUUCUUUACCAGAACCUGCUGAAUGUUCAGCAGCUCAUGAAGAGAGGAUUUUUGGUGGUGACGAGGCAAAGGUUGAUGAGUUUCCGUUCUCAGCACUUUUAUUGUACACUAAAGUUGUCAGCGACAGCAGCGCUCAACCUGAAUAUUCAUACAACUGUGGAGGAAGUCUCAUCUCACACAAUGUUGUUUUGACUGCUGCUCAUUGUGUAUCUGCAUCAAUUUUGAGAACAUCAUUGCGAAAUUAUGAACUGCGAGGAGUCCGACUAGGUGAAUAUAAUCUAAAGACAAAUCCAGACUGUGGAGAAGGAGUGACAGAGGAUUACAUUUGUGCACCAAAAGUUUUGGAUGUUGGAAUUGAUCAGCAAAUCGUACAUGAAUUAUUUAAUCGAGAUAAGCACUAUGACAUAGCUCUACUGAAGUUAUCACAGCGUGUUGAAUACAGCAACUUUAUUAAACCAAUUUGUCUUCCUUUUGAUGAUAUCUUCCGGAAUACUGACAAUUUAAAUUUUAUUGUGACUGGAUUUGGAAGGACUGAAGUUAGCGAUUUCAGUGAUAUAAAAUUGAAAACGAAUGUUGGUGCUGUAAGGAAUGACGAGUGUGAGAAAUUGCUCAUUACUCAAGACAGCAGUAAAACUAUUUUAUCCAGUCAAUUAUGUGCAUUAGGAAUUGAUACUCAGGACUCAUGCAAUGGAGACUCUGGGAACGGAUUAAUUUAUGUAAAUACAAGAUCUACACAUGCUCAUUGGGUAAUUUUGGGUGUCACUAGCUAUGGACCUUCACCAUGUGGAUCAGAAAUUCCUGGAGUGUACACUCGAGUGAGUGAGUUCAUUCCAUGGAUCAUGGGAAAAUUGUGAAGCUUUAUUGUAGAAGACGAAUUUAUCAUCAAAACCACUGGUUUUUAAAAAGUUUAAUAAAAAUCCCUCAUAAUUCCAUAA